CCUCGGCCCUUAGGAUAACGGAGGCUGUAAUUAACGCAGGCCAAGUGCAUAUAUGCUUUCGUAAGCACCUCCUCGUAAUUCAUGUGAGCGGAUCAAAGUUGGCUUAAAAAAAAGAUUCUUCAGCGCGAAUUGAUUAUGAACUCAUAGAAUGACGCAAAGUGAGGGUUAUUCCUUUGUUUCUUUGGAUCCUCUUUACUCACUGACCGAGUCUGACAUACAUGAUCGACAGCUCCCCGAGGGCAUUGGAGCGAGAUGGAAAGAACUGGCUCGGAAACUGGGAUUCAAAGAACGUUCCAUUGAAGUUAUUGAAAGAGAAAAUUGUUCUUACCACGACCGUUGUAUCAAACUUUUGGUGCGAUGGAUGGAAAAGGGAGGUCAACAUGGUGCCACUGCUGGGAAACUCGCUGAAGCUUUAAAGGCCAUCGAACUUCAAUCAUUGGCCGACAGAUUAAUUGGUCCGAGUGAUAGAAGAAUGAUAAUGAUGGAGAUUCAAGGAACAUUUCGCCUUGAAGAUGGGACUGAGAUCAUCGUGGGGGUCGACAGCACCGAAAGGAGGACAUUUUUCAUAUGGAAGAGUCCUGAUAAAGAAUUUAACACAUCCGAUAAGGAACUGAAGAGAUAUUUUGAUGCUACCUGUCAAAUCACUGCACAGACACCUGAAGUUCUUGAGAAAAUUAUCGGAACAUCAGUCAGAACAUCAGUUGAUGUCAAAAGCCGUAAAGAUCCACCCAGCAAUGAGCAGAUCUCCUUUCAGACGCCUGAAGUUAUGCAAGGAGACAUCGCAAAACUAAUUGAGGACAAAGAUCGGAAAGAGAUUUCUACCCAGACGCCUGACACUUUAGAGGAAACUAAUGGGACAUCAGCUGAGAGAUGGCUGGAAGAUUCACCCCUCAAAGUGCAUAUUUCGACUCAGACGAAUGAAACUGAAGAAGUAUUUAGAAAAUCUGAUGAAACGAAAGGGGAAGAUUCACCCGCCAAAGAGCAGAUUGGUGUUCAGACGCCUGAAGUUAUGGAAGAAAUCGUCGGAAGAUCAACUGAAGACAAAGGCCAGAAAGAGAUCUCGACCCAGGAGUCUGAUACUGCAGAAAAAUUUACCGAAACACCACGUGAGAAAUGGAGGGAAGAUUCACCCAUCAAACAGCAGAUUAGGACACAAAACCCUGUAGUUGGAGAAGAAUACAGACCAUCCGAUGAAACGAACCUGGAAGAUCCAUCAGACAGAGUGCCGAUUUCCACUCCAACGUCUGAAGGUGAAGUAAAAAUUAUCGGGACAUCAGCCGAAUUUCAAAGGGAAGGUUCAUACCACAAGGAGAUUUCCACUCAGACGUCUGAGGUGGAAAAAGGAAUUAUCGGAACACCAGUCGAAGAUAAAAGCCUGGAAGAUUCAUUCAUAGCAGUUCAAAUUUACACCCAGACGGUUGAAGUUGUUGAAGAAAUUAUCAGAACACCAGCUGAAGAGAUGGAACAGUUUUCCACUCAGGCGUCUGAAGGUGUAGAAGAAAACAGAAAAAAAAGUGAAGAGAAAGAGGAAAAUUCAUCUUCCAAAGCGCCAAAGAUUUCCGAGAAGCUGAAGGAUCUGCAGGAGAAGCUGUCGGUUGUAGAAGAAAAUCUCAAGAUACCUGAGCUGAAAGGAGAAGCUUUCCAUGUUACUAAGAAAUUGGAUUUGAUCUCCAGACAUAACACAACCAUUCAGGAACUGUACACACAAGUGAUGGGCAUGAUGAGGGAAGCGUGCAAGUGCGAUGAGUUCUUAAGAGAGAAAUUUUACGAUUUUUCGCAUUGUAGCUUGAGAGCCGUGCAUAAUAAUCUGAACAAAAGUUUCGCGGAUCUACAAUCAGAACAAGGGAAUAUGACAGCAGCAGAGAAGAGAAAACUGGACUCGCUGAUCCUAUCCAGAAAGGGCAGAGAGAAGCAGAUUAUGUACCUGGACAAAUUUUUAAAGCGACUGUUCUCUUCGGCAGCUGAACUCAAGAAAUCUCAAUCAUCACCAUGUGGGAGAGGCAAUCGGAAAAUAUCUGGUGAUUCCAAGAACCGAUUAAGGAAGCGGAAAACCCAAAGCAGAGUCCUUUCUUCAUAAUCAAGGGCACCUGUUAUACGACGAGAGUAAAAGAGACCAAUGCGGAGUUUGAAGUACCAGGCAGUGGAUAGAGACGAAGGAAUAGCCAGUUAAACUGUUAGUGGUCAUUCGACUAUUUCUAAAUAAUUCACUUUGAGGUUAUCAAAAUAAUUUGACAGUAGUUUGGAUUAGUGGGUAAACAAUAUGUUCUUGGUAAGAAAAUGUCUUAAGUUAGUUGAAAUGCCAGCCCCGAUUCUUAAUCACUUUGUGAACUUUUUCUACGAUUCAAUUCACAACUUAGUGGUAGUCACUGAUAAUAAGACCUGGUUAUUUGACAUGUGCCAAUUGCUCACAGUUCUACCUCAAAGUUUGAAACCGAUUCAAUGUGAAACAUUUCGUCGAGAUGGAUAGAUUUCAAAUAUUCUUAACAAUUAUAAGAGACAACGUAUCCAUCCCUGCGUCAUCCCUCAUCCACUUAACCCUAAGUCUAACAAGAAGUGAUGGUCAACAAUUUGAUGAAGAGGAAACAUCACGAAGUGUUCGCGUUGUAAAUAGCUGUUCUUUCUCUUCUCUUCUUUAACUCUGAACUGUAUUUAUUUUAGGGAUAGGUUAGGGUAUGAAUAGAGUUUUGGCCAAAAUGUGGCAUUUAUCAAGAUGA